UCAUUCCACUGCUGUACGCCAACAGCUGCUACAAUUUUAUGAUUUUAAUGCGUUUGCGCCAAUUCGUGUAUUUAUUUUAAUUUCGUGAACUUGGUGUUUUACUGACCGGCAGAAAUAUAAAAUAAUUUACUUUGACUGAAAGUAACGAAAAUGUCAACAAGACGGCAAGUAAUCUCGAUGUAUCGCCUACUAUUGCGUGAGGCUGAGAAAAUUCCUGCCUACAAUUUCAGAAUGUUUGCCGGACGUAAGAUACGCGACACAUUCCGUGAGAAUAAAAGUAUUAAUGAUUUUGCGGUCAUCGAUCAAAAACUGGCAGAAGCUAAACAAAAUCUGGAGCUGGUGCGGCGGCAGGUUAUCAUUGGACACUUAUACUCAGCCGAAAAACUUGUUAUUGAACAACCUAAGAAGGCACUACGCCGCUCAAAAUGAAUGUUGAAGCUGGAAUGUUUUUGAAUGCCCUAAAUACUAUUGCAACUUGUUAUAUUCGCUACAUCAUAUGAUAAUUAGCAAUACUUUGACAAUUAUAUUGUUUAUAUCGCAGUUACUGCAUUUAGGUUAGGAGAUUUAAAUUUGAGAUUUGAAAGAAGAAAAUAAAUAAAAAUAAAAGUUGAAAUAAAAAAAAAACAAAAUUUUAAUGAUAAGUAUUUUUUCAUUUAAUACACACUUGCGUGCUAUUUUUUUGUUUUAUUUACACCAUUUAUAUACAUGCU